AUGGCUUUUUCAUCAUCACCAUCAUUGUUGCCUCCAUCUUCAUAUACAGAGUUAAAAGAUGCUUGGCAUCCAUCAACAACAGCGAACACAACGGAAUCAAGCUACUGGUUUAACUGGAGGGUUAUGAUCUGCUGCAUAUGGAUGGCUAUAGCGAUGGUGAUCACAGCGUUUCUCAUGUUCAAAUACGAAGGCUUUCGCCGGAAAAGAAGCGGAGACGGUGGCGACGGAGGUGAGAAAGAGUGGUCGGGAAAUGUAUACGAAGACGAAACUUGGAGGCCUUGUCUCCGUAAUAUUCACCCGGCUUGGCUUCUUGCUUUUCGAGUCGUUGCCUUCUUCGUUCUCCUCAUUAUGUUGAUUGUUAUUGGCCUUGUCGAUGGACCCACUAUCUUCUUCUACUACACACAGUGGACUUUUGCUCUGAUCACACUCUAUUUCGGACUAGGAUCGCUUCUUUCGCUGCACGGUUGUUACCAAUACAACAAAAGAGCAGCCGGGGAUAGAGUAGAUAGCAUCGAAGCCAUAGCCAUAGACUCAGAGAGAGCAAGAUCCAAAGGCUCAGAUCAUCAUACGCUUCAACAGAGUCAAUAUUCUAGUAAUCCAGCUGGCUUUUGGGGAUACGUUUUCCAGAUAAUCUUCCAGAUGAAUGCAGGUGCAGUUUUGCUCACUGACUGUGUCUUCUGGUUCAUCAUUGUUCCUUUCCUUGAGAUCCAUGACUAUAGCCUCAAUGUUCUGGUGAUCAACAUGCACUCUCUAAACGCCAUUUUCUUGCUUGGUGAUGCUGCUUUGAAUUCUCUGAGCUUUCCAUGCUUUAGAAUUGCUUACUUCUUCUUCUGGACAAUAGCUUAUGUUAUAUUCCAAUGGACCCUCCACUCCGUAGUCCACAUUUGGUGGCCUUACCCAUUCUUGGACUUAUCAUCACACUAUGCUCCCUUAUGGUAUUUCUCAGUUGCGGUGAUGCAUCUGCCAUGCUAUGGAGCUUUUGCCUUGUUAGUGAAGCUGAAACAUCGAGUUCUGCAGAGAUGGUUUCCAGAGUCUUACCAGAGCCCUCGGUAG